ACGUGUAAACUUUCAUCAUCAAAUUUCUUCCUAAAAGUCUCCAGGUUUUGUUGAAUUUCUCGCUAUUUUUGAUAUGUCUUGGCUUUUUGGAGUAAACAAGGAUAGUGCUCCACCUCCUGCCUUCCCACCACAACUUCCUAUUCCUCCAUCAGGGUCUGGAGACGGUGGAAGUGGGGGUGACAAGGGAGAUGGAGGCACUAAAGACAAGGGCUCAGGGAAGCCAGUAUGGACUAGCUUUGAUCCUACAGGACUUGAACGAGCUGCAAAAGCAGCUAAAGAACUGGAAAAAUCUCCUCACUCACAACAGGCAUUAGAUUUAGCAAAAGUACAAGAAACAACAAAACAACUUGAGCAUCAAAGCAAAAUCAAGGAAUAUGAGGCUGGGAUUCAACAAAUGACGCUAGACAGAGUCCGUGUUGAGCAAGAAGAGAAACGAAAAACAUUAUCAGCUGAAACACAACAACAUCAACAGAGAGCUCAAUAUGAUGAUCAGUUGGCACGACGACGAUAUAAUGAUCAGCUUGACCAACAGAAAAAAGUCCAAGAGGAGAAUUUAGCAAGACAAGAAGAGUCGGUGAGAAAACAAGAAGCAAUGAGAAAAGGUACAAUUCAAUAUGAAGCAGAGCUAAAGCAUCAAAAUGAAAUGAAAAGACUUGAAGCUGAGCUUAGGGGGAAAGCUAAAAUUGAAAGGGAAAAUAAAGACUUAUACUUAGAGCAAAUUCGUCUCAAGGCUGCUGAGCAAAGAGAUACAGUCCUCCAGUCCAUUAGAACAGCAGGCUCAAUAUUAGGAGCAGGAUUCAAUGCCUUUAUAUCAGAUUGGGAUAAAAUAUCAGCUACAGCAGCUGGCUUAACUUUACUGGCCUUAGGGAUUUAUGCAGCUAAACAUGGAACUGGAGUAGCAGCCAGGUUUGUAGAAGCCCGUCUUGGAAAACCAUCAUUAGUACGCGAAACUUCUAGACUAAAUUUAUUUAGUGCUGUUAGACAUCCUAUUCAGUCUGUGAGAAAGUUUUUGGUAGAUCCAGAAAAUUCUCUUCAAGGAAUUAUUUUAAAGCCAAGCUUAGAGCAACACCUACGUGAAAUUAGUGUAGCAACAUCAAAUACUAAGAAAAAUAAAGGAAUGUAUCGAAAUCUAUUAUUCUAUGGUCCUCCGGGUACUGGAAAAACCAUGUUUGCUAAGAGUUUAGCAAGAAAUUCAGGAAUGGAUUAUGCCGUAAUGACAGGUGGUGAUGUGGUUCCAAUGGGUAAAGAUGGUGUAACAGCAAUGCAUAAAGUGUUUGAUUGGGCACAGACAUCAAGAAGAGGGUUACUGUUGUUUGUGGAUGAAGCUGAUGCUUUCCUAAGAAAACGAAGUCAAGAAAAGAUUAGUGAAGACCUUCGUAGUACUCUAAAUGCUUUCUUGUACAGAACAGGAGAAUCAUCAAAAAGGUUUAUGAUGGUACUGGCCAGUAACCAGCCUGACCAGUUUGACUGGGCCAUUAACGAUCGUAUUGAUGAGCUAGUAGAAUUUGGUCUUCCCAACACAGAUGAACGAGAACGACUUGUUCGGCAGUAUUUUGAAGAAUAUGUACUGAAACCUGCAACUAGUGGAUCUCGAGCAGGUCGAUUGAAGGUCGAUAAUUUUGAUUUCAACACAAAGUGUCGACAAAUAGCAGAAGAUUGUGAAGGGAUGUCAGGGCGAGAAAUUGCCAAACUUGCUAUCGCUUGGCAGGCAAGCGCGUAUGGUUCAAAAGAAGGUAUGCUGACAGAGGAAAUCAUGGAUGAACGAGUCAACGAAGCUGUACGACAACAUAAACAGAAAGAAGACUGGAGACAAGCCCCUGCACCGGGCGUUUCAGCCCCCGAAGAUGCACCUGUUAAGCCCAAAUAUGGAUAAAACGCAGCUACAUAAUACAACCUACCGCGAAGAUUGCCCGAAGGUGGCCCGAUGAUUUCCCGAACAUGAACGCAUAACGGGUUAAUGUAGUAUUUAGUACGAUAGUGAAUUAUCGUUACAUUUUUAAUCAAUUGAUCGAUGGAACAUAUUUUUACGAGGUAUUUUAGGUGCCGUUACAAAGAUUAUUCUAUCAUAUAUCAAAAAAAGUCGAAAAUGGUAAUUUAUGAGGGUAAAAGUGAUUGGUUCCUGUGACAUUUCUUACAUCGUCUGUACAUCGUGUGCUUGUUUGCUGUGCACCUUUCGUAGAGCCGGCGCCAAUGACUCUUAAUGCUAUUGGUUUGCCUUGCAUGAUAAUUCUAUCCAAUAUUAGAACAUGCAAAUGGACAGUUGUUUAGAAAUGUCAGUUUAACAUAGUAAUUACUAGGUAUGUAGUUUCCUCGCAACCGCAACCGACAUGAGAACGAGCUUAAGUAAUGGAUGCUAGAGAAGACUACUUGCUAUCUUAUACGUUUUGAAAUACCCUUUUUUUCCGCUAUAUAUAGUUAGUGCGUCCAGUCCAAUCACACCGAGGUAAUUUAUUUCCCAUCGAACGUUUCGGGGAAGCGUGAACAAAAGAUUAAAUAAAGUCAAUUGUAUUAACCA